UGUUGCUGUGCUGGAAACCCCGUACUGACUCUGAAGGGACCCAAGAUGGCUGAAUACUCUCGGGGGGCAGUUAGCAGUUAUCUAAACAACACUUUGUGAAUGAAUGGCAAAUAGUACUGUGAUAUAAAGCGCAGCUCCUGUUUAAUGGUGUGAAUGCGGUCUGUUGGUUUGCAUAAUUUUGGGACGCAUGAAUUCCAGGAAGGAGAGAGUGGUCUCUCCGCGGCCCCGAGCCAGAACAUGGCGGAACACUUGGAGAAGAAAUAGCGGCUAACGCUAGCUAACUGGCGUAUUAUUCAGACACCCGUAGUAACAUUGGUCCAGGGUGAACACGGUGUCUGCGGGUCCCGUCAGUGAAAUAAUGUUAUCGCUGCACAUCUGUGGUCGUUUCGCUUCAAAAGGUUGGUUCUUGUUGAGUAUAUGGAGCGUAGGCAGUUAGCAUAGCAGCCAGUUGACUCGCAAGGUCUGCUAGCUAACGUUGUCCACAGGCGUACAAAGUGUACUUUUAAGCAGGCGGCGUGUUGUGGCAGGCAGAGAUUGUAACGGUGGGGGUUAUGCCUUGUGCUUCUGGCUACACUAUAAACGGGGCGUUUUGCAUUGUCUGGCAGAUGUUGUUUUGUAGAUUACUACUACACUUUAUGUCAAUGCCGAAGCUGGCUCGUCGUUAGCUUGCUACAAUGGUUCGUAGGCUGCUGUUUAGUGGCGCGUUGCCUCGAACCCUAGUGAGAUAAGUCUUGAGGCAGCUGAUCUGAAUACAGAUAUCGCGACUGCAAUAUCGAUCGGGACAUCUUUCUAAACUCUCGGUUCGGUGCUCCAUUUCAAGGUCUUUUAGCCUGGUUGACCUCUGACACAAGUUUAAGUAAACAGGUGUAAAAACAAAGUGCAUUGAAGUUGUGGCCUUACGAGGUGAAGCAGACACCUUGUAGUAGGCAGGAAGUUUCUGGAGGGAGAAAUCGGAACCGACCGUCUGUCAGAAUGACGGACACUCGUCGACGAGUUAAAGUCUAUACCCUCAACGAGGAAAGGCAGUGGGACGACCGCGGGACCGGGCAUGUUUCCUCUGGUUAUGUGGAGCGAUUGAAAGGCACGUCGUUGCUGGUGCGAGCAGAAAGCGACGGUUCGUUACUGCUGGAAUCUAAAAUCAACCCAAACACAGCCUACCAGAAACAGCAGGAUACACUGAUAGUAUGGUCAGAGGCUGAAAAUUAUGAUCUAGCACUCAGCUUCCAAGAGAAGGCUGGCUGUGAUGAAAUCUGGGAAAAAAUAUGCCAGGUUCAGGGAAAGGACCCGUCAGUGGAUAUCACUCAGGAUGUGGUGGACGAGUCUGAGGAGGAGCGUUUUGACGACAUGUCUUCACCGGGUCUGGAGUUACCACCAUGUGAACUCAAUCGCUUGGAGGACCUGGCCGAGCUGGUAGCCUCCUCACUCCCAUCGCCACUGCGGCGUGAAAAACUGGCACUGGCUGUGGAGAAUGAGGGAUAUAUUCGCAAGCUUCUGGAACUGUUCCGCAUGUGUGAGGAUUUAGACAACACAGACGGACUACAUCACCUUUAUGAAAUAAUUAAAGGCAUCUUUCUGCUCAAUCGUACUGCACUGUUUGAGGUAAUGUUCUCUGAUGAGUGCAUUAUGGACGUAAUUGGUUGCCUGGAGUUUGACCCCGCAUUACCACAGCCACGGCGGCAUCGGGAGUUUCUAACUAAGACAGCGCGCUUUAAGGAGGUGAUCCCCAUUUCUGAUCCUGAACUGCGUCAGAAAAUACACCAAACAUAUCGAGUGCAGUAUAUCCAGGACAUGGUGCUGCCAACACCCUCUGUUUUUGAGGAAAAUAUGCUGUCCACCCUGCACUCCUUUAUCUUCUUCAACAAGGUAGAGAUUGUGGGCAUGCUACAGGAUGAUGAGAAGUUCCUGACAGACCUCUUUGCACAGCUAACGGAUGAGGCUACUGAUGACGACAAAAGACACGAGCUGGUGAACUUCCUAAAGGAAUUCUGUGCAUUCUCACAAACAUUACAACCUCAAAACAGAGACGCCUUCUUCAAGACGUUGUCAAACAUGGGCAUUCUACCUGCACUAGAGGUCAUACUGGGAAUGGAUGAUGUUCAGGUGCGUGGGGCAGCCACAGAUAUCUUUUCCUAUCUGGUGGAGUACAACCCUUCUAUGGUACGAGAGUUUGUCAUGCAGGAGUCACAGCAGAACGAUGAUGACAUCCUACUGAUCAACCUGAUCAUAGAACAUAUGAUCUGUGAUACAGACCCUGAACUAGGGGGGGCAGUGCAACUAAUGGGCUUGCUACGUACUCUAGUGGACCCAGAGAACAUGUUGGCUACUGCUAAUAAAACAGAGAAGACAGAGUUCCUGAGCUUUUUCUACAAGCACUGUAUGCAUGUCCUCUCAGCCCCACUACUGGCCAACACCACGGAGGAGAAGCCUAGUAAAGGUAAUGCAUAUGUUCCCCAUGUUUUUUUUUCUGUCUUUGUUUUUAAUAAAACCUUCUAUUUUAUGAUGCUUACUAAUUUUCUUCUUGUAGAUGAUUUUCAAACUUCUCAGUUGCUGGCCUUGAUUUUGGAGCUGCUGACAUUUUGUGUUGAGCACCACACCUAUCACAUCAAAAACUAUAUCAUCAACAAGGACAUUCUUAGGAGGGUACUGGUUCUCACUGCCUCUCACCACGCCUUCCUGGCACUAUGUGCCCUACGGUUCAUGCGGCGGAUCAUUGGUCUGAAGGAUGAAUUCUACAAUCGCUACAUCAUGAGAAACUUUCUCUUUGAGCCUGUCAUCAAAGCCUUCCUCAACAAUGGCUCACGCUACAAUCUCAUGAACUCAGCCAUCAUUGAGAUGUUUGAGUAUGUGCGUGUGGAGGAUGUGAAGUCUCUCACAGCUCAUAUAAUAGAGAACUACUGGAAGGCCUUGGAGGAUGUGGAUUAUGUUCAGACAUUCAAGGGCCUAAAGCUGCGAUAUGAGCAACAGAGAGAGAGGCAGGACAACCCCAAAUUGGAUAGCAUGCGCUCCAUCCUGAGGAACCAUCGCUUUCGUCGAGAUGCACGGACUCUGGAAGAUGAAGAGGAGAUGUGGUUCAAUGCAGAUGAGGAUGACCUUGAGGAUGGUGAGGCAGUGGUACCUCCAUCGGAUAAGCUGAAACCCGGGGAGGACCUCAUGGAACCCAUAAGCAAGUUCAUGGAAAGAAAGAAAUUGAAAGACACAGAGGACAAGGAAGUACUGGGAAAGUCGAGCUUGUCUGGCAGACAGAAUCCCAGCUUCAAACUUUCCUUUUCUGGCUCCACUAAAACCAGCCUGUCCAGCCCCCCUUCAUCUGCCUCACUCAACCCUGGUUCUCCAGGAUCGCCAGGAUCUCCAGGUUCCGGGACACGGAGCUCACCCUCCAGCACAACUGUAACCACAACGGUACAUGUAAGCAUAUUAGCUGGAGGCUUAGUGGGACUGGUGGACUACCCUGAUGACGACGAUGAGGAGGAAGAAGAGGAUGAAGAUGGUGAAAGCAAAGAGGACACCCCACCACCCUCCAAAAAGUCCAAACUAAGCUCUUAAGGAAUCAUCGAAGUCUCAGUGCUCUGCUUUGAGAGUUUCAUUGCAUUGACUUCACACAGGAAUGAUCAAACUUGUAAACAAAUUGAAUGAAUUAACGUCACCCCUCGCUACCAGUGGGUGGUUCAAAGAGGAGAGGACUGUGAAAAGAUUCAAAGCCUCCUCUUAGCCCAAAUCAAACAAGUGCCAAUCAGGUGACCAGGAGUAAAGACCUGUCUGUAAGGUGGAACAGACAAGUGAAAGCUGGGGGGACAGGAUCGUCGGCGGACUCGGUUAUGAGACGCGUUGGUGAUUCAGCAACUGGAGGAACGGAUCACAUACAAAAACGCAUACCUGCAGACUGAAACACCAGAGAUCUUGAAGGCUCGGACCAUAACCCACUGCCCCCCGCCCCCCACUCAGGGAAGGACAUCAGUGGCCCAAGCGGGUCAACCCAGUCAGACCCAGAAACACCACUCGCUCCCCCCUCCUCCUCAGAAUCCACUUCCUCCCUGUUCCUUUUUACUUCUUUCCUUCUCUGCUCCUUCUUUGUCUGUUGCUGUUUAUUUUUUUUUGUUAGUAUAUAGGACCAGAUGGGAGGCAGCGCGUGGCAAAGAGCUGUUCUUGUUUGAUAUCAUCUGUGUUGUUCCUCAGCAGACGUUCUUUCUCUGAAGAGAUAACAGCCAGCAGUUUCUUCAUUGUUUUCCUCUUUGUUUUCUAAUCGUCUGUCUUUCUCCUAUUUUUGUAAAUGACGACAAAAAAGACCUGCCUUUAAAUGUUCAGGAUGUUUUCAGUCACACUUGAACAGGUUUUUAAAGACCUCAGUAGGUGAGCUAGUUUUAUCCUUUUUGCCCUUUGAAACUGCAGAUUUUUUGGAGAAUUUGUAAUCCCGUCUUGAUUAAAGAUUGAGUGGAAUUGAAUUCUAGAUGUGAUGAAUUUUGUCAUAUCUUCUAAUUUUGGUUUUCCUUUUACAUGAGUGUACACUUAGUUGUUCAGAAUAUUUGGGACCAUUAAAAUGAUCUUUGCUGUAA